GUGGGUGAUGCUGACCGUGACCUGGUUCCUGGCGGCCGGGCUCAAGUGGUCGCACGAGCGCAUUCAGCAGAAGAGCACCUACUUCCACCUGGUCGCCUGGGGCCUGCCGGCGCUGAAGACGGCCGCCAUCCUAGUGCUGCAGGCCGUCGACGCCGACGAGCUGACCGGGAGCUGCUACGUGGGUAACCAGAAUCUGGACACGCUGCUGGGCUUCGUGCUGAUCCCGACGUUUGUGUACCUGGUGGCGGGUAUCUCGUUCCUGCUGGCUGGCUUCCGCGCUAUCUUCCGAGACCGCGGCCAAGUCGUCCGCUCGCGCAGCAACGACCGGCUCGAGAUGCUCACCAUGCGCAUCGGCAUCUUCGGCAUCAUCUACACCGUGCCGGCCACGUGCGUGCUGGCCGCGCUAGUGUACGAGUACACCUCGCGCCAGCUAUGGCUCACACAUCACAACGUGCAUCCUAACGUCGAGAUCCUCAUGCUGAAGAUCUUCAUGAACCUGAUCGUGGGCAUUAUUGGCGGCCUCUGGAUGAUGAGCCUGCAACCUUGCAAGGUGUGGCGGCACAGCCUGCGCCGCUUCAAGAAGCGGCCCGUGCCGCCGUACCUGGAACGCGUACCCACCACCUGCCCGCACCACCCACCGCCGCCCGAGCCGGCGCCGCGGCCGACGCUUCACUACAGCCGCCAUUCGCGGGACUCCCGCGACGCCUGGCGGUCAGGUGGCGAAACGCAGGUGUAGUGUCGCGCCGUUACGCGCCGCAACCAGCGUGCUACGCUGCUGGGCGCUGAAUGACGUUCCGAUACGAGCGCGUUGGGACAUCAGGGUAUUGGGUGAGCCUGGGAUGCGCGCCGGGCGAGGACGGUGACGUGCACCGCGACGCCCGUCACCAAGGCCGUGUGAUCGGCAACUGCUACCGCUCGCGUGCUGCUGGUCCGAGCUGCGUGUCCGUCCGCGUCAUUUCAGAGCAGCGAUUGUGUUACGGCCGCCAUCUCAGGCGUUUGGUGCCGAUGUCUGGCAGGAUGUGAUGAGCGAGUGCGGAGAGACCUCUGUGUUUUGCAUGCUAUACGCUACUGGCUGCAUGUGUGAUGAUGUUUUGGUCACCACUGAUGUUCAUGUUUGUCUGCCAUAAUUUCAUUGUAUACGAUAUUGCCAUGUAGAGAAAUUGGCAUGACACCAUUUUCAUAUGGAUGUCACCAGGUCCCGCAGAGGCAUACGGACCCACGUGUCGUGUUGGCGUAGUUUUAGUAAGCAUUUUUUUCCCAAUCGCUUUUGCCAUCCAGAUGGACCGGUCCGAUUCGGUCCGGCUCGGUCCGCUGGACUAGUUUUAACGCCCCAGGCGGGACCUCUGCGGUUCGUUGUUUCCAAAUGGUGUUCACUCGGUGUUUGAUAUGCCGUGUCUGGACGCCGCCAUGCAUGUUUGACGUGUUACCUCAAGCUGCACUCUGGUGGGCGUGGAAGGAUCAAUUUCCUUUUCCUAUCAUUUUUCAUGUGUACAGUGUAACGCUAUAGGAGAUAUUUUAACACGCACAUGCGCUGCAGCUCUCAUGUUACUUGUAGUUUGUUGCAGACCGAAGAACCAUUUUCGAGCUUAAGCCACGCGCCUUCCGCCCGCAUGUGCUCAACGGUCACCGCGGUAGGGGUCAGCGACCGCUGCCGGAAACACGCUGUUGGACCACGCCGACUGACUCCAGCACGAGGGUGUGGGCGUGGGGCCCUGCCAACCCAGAGGCUAGCGCACCUUGUGUGCUAGGGUGCCGAACUCAUUCAAAGCUCGGUCUGACAUCGGCUGUCGGCAAAAUAGUUGUCGAAUAGUUCUCUGACUCCCUUACUCAGCUGGCCUGGCCGUUGAGCUUGCGUCGGUCCAAGUUCUCUGAGUCCCUUACUCAGCUGGCUGUUGCUGGCCUGGCUGUUGAGCUGGCGUCGGCCCAAGUUCUCUGAGUCCCUUACUCAGCUGGCUGUUGCUGGCCUGGCCGUUGAGCUGGCGUCGGUCGAAGUUCUAAUACUUGCAUAGCUUGACAUCGUGAGAUAAUGUUAAAGUAACGCUGGUUAGAUCUGUCUUACUUAUCUCGAAACGAGCAAUGCGAUUCACAUACCAAACUUCUGUUUUUAGUGUGUUUAGUAAUUUGUUUUCCGAAUUUCUAAUACUGAACCACCCGGCUUGCAUGACGUGUCUGCAAUAAAGUCUAUCGUUACCAGUA